AUGGAUUUAGAGGCCGCAGGUGAAGUCAGGCUUCUUCAAAUGAAUGAAUUGGAUGAGCUUCGUUUUGAUGCUUAUGACAAUUCUCGACUUUACAAGGAGAGGACAAAGAAAAUGCAUGACAAAUUGAUCCAACGAAGAGACUUUCAAGUUGGUGAUAAGGUGUUAUUGUUUAAUUCGAGGCUUCGACUGUUCCUUGGGAAGCUUAAAUCUAGAUGGUCCGGACCAUUCACUGUGACUGAUGUUAAAUUUGAUGGUGCUAUUGAGAUUAUGGGACAAGACGAGACCAAGUUCAAAGUGAAUGGUCAGCGUUUGAAAUUGUAUGUGGAUGGUGCAUUUGUCGAAAAAAUUGAGACAUUUUGUCUCGACAACCCCUCCUUGAAAGCUUAA